AUGUCGACCGUACCUCGCAGCCGUAACGACUUUGAAGUUGCCAUUGUUUGUGCGCUACCGCUCGAGUUCGACGCUGCCUCCACCCUUAUCGACGAGUGCUGGGAUGAAAAUGGCGACCGAUAUGGUCGGGCCCCGGGAGACCAGAACAAUUAUGUGACUGGGCGUGUGGGCAACACCAACGUUGUGUUCUUGCUGCAGCCAAGGAUGGGUAAGGCUGUCGCGGCACGCGCCGCGGAGGGCCUUCGGUUCAGCUACCCAAGGCUUCGACUCGUGUUGCUCACGGGAAUCUGUGGAGGGGCGCCAACAUUGACCAACGGUGAGGAGGUUGUGUUGGGCGAUGUAGUCAUCAGUCAGAAUGUUGUUCAGUAUGACCUUGGGAGCCAAAAUCCGGAUGGCUUUGCGACCAGAGACAAGAUCGAGGACGUCCUGAUCCCACUCCCAAAGGAUCUUCAGCAUAUGAUCGACAACCUGGAGGCCACAGGGCGCUCGCGGCUGCAGAAUCGAGUCAAGAUCGUUCUCCAAGAGUUGCAGGAGAAGGCGUUGGCCCAACGUCGGGAUUCGAUCUACGACCACCCUGGAGCUCAACGAGACCAGCUGUUCAGAGCCGACUACAUUCACAAGCACCAUCUUGGUUCUUCAUGCGUAUGCGCCAACCAUCAAAGAAGCACGGAUCCGAUUUGCGCUGCUUCUCGUAAGCUGGCCUGUUGCUUGACUGGUUGUGAUGAGAGAUUCCUGGUUGAACGAAAGCGCGUGGUCGAAAAGUAUCAACACGAGAGGGAAGGUCGCCAGUCGGAAGCGCAAACGCCACACGUAUUCAUCGGAUGCGUAGCUUCCGGCGACAUGGUCGUCAGGAGCAGCGAGGCCCGUGAUCGACUCACCCAGCGUCAUAAUGUUGUGGGUUUUGAGAUGGAGGGUGCAGGUCUGUGGGGAAACCUGCCGUGCCUUGUUGUCAAGGGCGUGUGCGACUACGCCGACAGUCACAAGCAAAAGGGAUGGCAAAACUUUGCUGCGGCUACGGCAGCAUCGACGGCAAAGGCUCUCAUUGAAGAGUAUGCCGCUCUGUCUAUGUGUGUUGUUGGACCAGGCACGAGUAUGAAGGUCAACAAGAGCAUGGCCCGCUACGCCAUGGUUAAUAAUGCCAGCGCGUUCCAGCGUAAUGGCUCAUUCCGAUAA